GAUGGCGGCGGGUGCCGGGCUUGGCGACAGCUGGAGAUUCGGUUAGGGAGCCCGCCUCGGGAAUCAGCCCUGCGCCCGCCUACACACAUCCGGUCGGGGUGUUUGCCUGUUGCUGUCUUGGAUUGAAACCGCUUGCUACAGCGUGAGAUUGCCGAGCUUUCGUUGCCCCCCUCCCCAUUAUUCCACUCCCUUCACUUUCUCCCUAAUAAAAUGGCAACCAUGGAGAAACUGAUGAAGGCCUUCGAGUCACUGAAGUCAUUCCAGCAGGGACCGUCCAGCGAGGAACCGGGACAGAAACAGAAGAAAGAAUCUGCCACAACCAAAAAAGACCGCGUGACUCACUGCCUGACCAUAUGUGAAAACAUCGUUGCCCAGUCUCUUCGGAACUCGCCAGAAUUUCAGAAGUUGUUGGGAAUUGCAAUGGAAAUGUUUUUGCUGUGUUGUGAUGAUGCAGAGUCUGAUGUCCGGAUGGUGGCAGAUGAAUGUUUAAAUAAAAUUAUUAAGGCCCUGACUGACUCAAACUUACCACGGUUACAACUGGAAUUAUAUAAAGAAAUUAAAAAGAAUGGCUCAUCGAGAAGCUUGCGGGCUGCACUUUGGAGAUUUGCUGAGCUGGCUCACCUUGUUCGUCCGCAGAAGUGUAGGCCCUAUCUGGUGAAUCUGCUUCCCUGCCUGGCUCGGAUCAGUAAGCGAUCAGAGGAAUCUGUGCAGGAAACACUGGCUGGUGCCGUUCCAAAGAUCAUGGCAGCUUUGGGCAAUUUUGCCAAUGACGGUGAAAUUAAGAUGCUUUUGAAGACCUUUAUUGGGAACCUUAAAUCAAGUUCUCCAACCAUACGUAGAACUGCAGCCAGCUCUGCUGUUAGCAUCUGUCAACAUUCAAGAAAAACCCAAUACUUCUACACCUGGCUAUUGAAUGUAAUAUUGGGCUUCUUGGUCCCUGUGGAAGAAGAUCGACCUACUCCACUUAUUCUUGGGGUGAUGCUCACCCUACGUUACCUGAUGCCGUUGCUGAGGCAACAAGUGAAGGACACCAGCCUGCGGGGCAGUUUUGGUGUGACUAGGAAGGAGGCUGAAAUCUCCCCUUCCUUGGAGCAGCUUGUACAGGCAUAUGAGUUGACACUACACUACACCCAGCACAGGGACCACAAUGUGGUAACAGCAGCUUUGGAGAUGCUGCAGCAGCUGUUCCGUACCCCUCCACCUGAGCUGCUCCGGGCCCUGACAACUGCUGGCAGCUUAACCAGAGUUAGCAUUGCGCGAGAUGACACCUCAAACCGCGUUCGCAGCAGGAGUAUCGUGGAGCUAAUAGGCAAGGUGGUUUCGGGAGAGGAGGAUGGACUCGAAGAUGACGCAGAGACCCGGUCAGAGGUCAGCACCACCACUUUUCCAGGUUCGAUGAACAGCGAAGGGACAAGCGAGGUGCCGUCAUCUUCUGGUGUCUCUACCUUGGGGUCAGCAAGCCCUGUGGCUGAUUCUGCAGGGCAGGACAUCAUCACCGAGCAACCACGUUCUCAGCACACGUUGCAGUCUGCGGAGUCCGCCGAUCUCAACAGUUCAGCAGCGUCGGACCUGACUGGCCUGACAGUGGAGGGAGUGGUUGAUGAAGAGCUGAGCCGAAGUUCUAGCCAGGUCAGCACCAUCCAUUCCGACACCAAUGCUGACCUGAACGACAGGACCAACCAGACCACGUCUCCGCUCAGUGAGAGCUCGCAGACCACCGAGGGCCCAGAUUCGGCCGUGACCCCGUCGGACAGUUCAGAGCUUGUAAGUGUGCAGCAUUCUGAAGGGAUAUCCCACUCCUCCACCGAGGGUCCCGACAUCUCUCUCAGCUCCCACCUAGAGGUCCCAGACUCGGAAGCUACCACUUUCUCUUCAGCUAGUAGCAGUGAAAAGGUACUCGAUGGAGCAGAGAGCCAGUAUUCAGCAAUGCAGAUUGGCCAACUUCAAGAUGAGGAGGAGGAUACCUUAAACACCACAGGAGAAGUAACAAUAGACGGUUUCAGUACUUCCACUCUAGCAGUAAACAAAUCUCAUUUGUUAAGUCACAUGGGCCACAGUCGGCAGUCCUCUGACAGCAGUGUUGAUCGUUUUGUGUCGAAGGAUGACUGCGUUGAGUCAGCAGAUCUUGAAGCUAAGCCAUGCCGGAUAAAGGGAGACAUUGGCCAUUAUACUGAUGAAAAUGUGGCACCUUUAGUCCAUUGUGUUCGUCUUCUUAGUGCAUCUUUCCUUUUAACCGGUCAGAAGAAUGGUCUUAUCCCUGACAGAGAAGUUCGGGUGAGUGUCAAAGCAUUGGCAGUUAGUUGUGUUGGAGCAGCCAUUGGACUUCAUCCUGAAGCUUUCUUCAAUAAACUAUACAGGACUUCGCCUGAAGUUCUGGAGGUUCAAGAAGAACAGUGCAUAUCAGACAUUUUGAAAUAUGUCAGCCAUGGAGAUCCACAAAUAAGAGGUGCCACAGCACUCCUCUGUUCAACAUUCAUUCACUCCGUUCUGACUAAGACUCGAUUUAAUCCAGAAAGUUGGCUUGCUGUGGUGCGAGGCACAACAGGGUAUGGCAUCAGUUUGGAGGAUUGUGUUCCUUUACUCCAGAAGACCCUGAAGGAUAAAUCAUCUGUGACUUGCAAAAUGGCUUGUGCUGCGGUAAGGCAAUGCAUCACAAGCCUGUGCAACAGCAGCUACAGUGAGCUGGGGUUACAACUCAUCAUUGAUCUCCUGAACUUGAAAAAUAAUUCUUACUGGCUGGUGAGGACUGAGCUGUUAGAAACUCUGGCUGAGAUGGAUUUCAGGUUAGUAAGCUUCUUGGAAAGGAAAACAGUAGAACUUCACAGGGGUCAACAUCACUACACUGGGAUGCUGAAACUUCAGGAGCGAGCCAUCAAUGAUGUCAUCAUUAAUCUACUUGGAGACGAAGAUCCACGGGUACGGCACGUGGCAGCUACGACCCUCGUUAGGCUUAUUCCUCGGUUGUUUUUUGACUGUGAUCAGGGACAGUCAGAUCCAGUAGUAGCUGUAGCCAGAGACCAAAGCAGUGCCUACCUGCAGCUGCUCAUGCAUGAGACCCAGUCAUCCUCUCACUUUGCAGUGAGUGCUAUCACUAGAACGUACAGAGGGUUCAACAUUUCACAGAGCACCACGGACGUGACAAUAGAGAAUAAUCUUUCCCGUGUUAUCACUGCAGUAUCUCAUGCAUUAACUUCAUCCACUUCUCGAGCCCUUAUCCUUGGUUGCUGUGAGGUGUUGUGUUUGCUUUCUUUGAACUACCCUGUGUGUAAUUGGAGCAUUGGCUGGCACUGUGGGUAUACGACGAGCAGUUCUCAAGCAUCCAGAGUCUAUCUCUACAAGAACAGGGGCCGAUCAUUCAGUUUGUCCCAGAACAGUCCAACUGAUGAUUCCCGCAAAAGCUGUACUGUGGGGAUGGUCAAUAUGAUCCUGUCUCUACUUUCUUCAGCGUGGUUUCCUUUGGAUCUUUCUUCUCAUCAAGAUGCCUUAAUAUUGUCUGGAAAUUUGCUGGCUGCCAUCGCUCCUAAAUCUUUAAAGAAUCCUUGGGCCAAUGAAGAUGAUUCUAGUGCACCCACCAAGGUUGAAGAGCCAUGGCCUGCCUUGGCUGACAGGACGUUGGUAGGGAUGGUGGAGCAGCUCUUUUCCCAUCUGAUGAAGGUCAUCAAUAUCUGUGCACAUGUCAUUGAUGAUGUUACACCUGGCCCGGUGUUGAAGGCAACACUGCCAUCACUUUCGACCACACCGUCACUCAGCCCCAUCAGGCGCAAGGCCAAGGAGAGGGAGUCAUUAGAACAGGCAGCUACACCCAUGAGCCCCAAGAAAAACACCGAAUCUAGUCCAGCGGCCAGGCCUGCAGAUGCUGUGGGUACCGCACCAGCCAGCAAGUCUACCUCGCUGGGCAGCUUUUACCACCUGCCUCCGUAUCUGAAGUUGCAUGAUGUUCUGAAGGCUACGUAUGCAAACUACAAGGUUACUCUGGACCUUCAGAACAGUAACGAGAAGUUUGGCAGCUUUUUACGGGCAGCUUUGGAUGUUCUGUCUCAGCUUCUCGAGAUCGCAACACUUCCAGACAUUGGGAAGUGUGUGGAAGAAAUCCUUGGCUAUCUGAAGUCCUGUUUCUGCAGGGAACCCAUGGCAGCCACUGUCUGUGUCCAGCAGCUUCUGAAGACACUGUUUGGGACAAACCUUGCGUCGCAAUAUGACAGCUGCUCCUUCCACCCCAGCAAGUCGCAAGGAAAGGUGCAGCGCCUGGGCUCGUCCAGCCUAAGGCCGGGGCUUUACCACUAUUGCUUCAUGGCGCCGUACACCCACUUCACACAGGCACUGGCUGACGCCAGCCUGAGGAACAUGGUCCAAGCAGAGCCAGAGCAGGACACGUCCGGUUGGUUUGAUGUGCUGCAGAAGGUUUCAUCACAGGUGAAGGUUGGCAUGACGAAUGUGACAAGGCAUCGAGCUGAUAAGAAUACGAUUCACAACUACAUCCGUCUCUUUGAGCCUCUUGUCAUCAAGGCUUUGAAGCAGUAUACCACGACCACAUCAGUUCACCUGCAAAGACAAGUGCUUGACUUGUUGGCUCAACUGGUACAACUCAGGGUGAACUACUGCCUGCUGGACUCGGAUCAGGUAUUCAUCGGGUUUGUUCUAAAGCAGUUUGAAUACAUAGAAGUGGGCCAGUUCAGAGAAUCAGAGGCCAUCAUUCCAAAUAUAUUUUUCUUCUUGGUGCUGCUGUCAUACGAGCGUUAUCACUCCAAGCCGAUCAUCGGAAUUCCCAAAAUUAUCCAGCUGUGUGACGGGAUCAUGGCCAGCGGUCGGAAAGCUGUUACACAUGCAAUCCCGGCACUCCAGCCUAUAGUACAUGAUCUGUUUGUUCUGCGAGGGACCAACAAAGCAGAUGCUGGCAAGGAGCUGGAAACACAGAAGGAGGUGGUGGUUUCUAUGUUGCUGAGGCUUAUCCAGUACCACCAGGUGUUGGAGAUGUUGAUUCUGGUCCUUCAGCAAUGUCACAAAGAGAAUGAAGAUAAGUGGAAGCGCCUUUCUCGUCAGAUUGCCGACAUGAUUCUGCCAUUGCUGGUUAAACAGCAGAUGCACCUUGAUUCACACGAGGCCUUGGGAGUACUGAACACCCUGUUUGAGACGGUGGCACCCUCCUCCCUGCGACCUGUUGACAUGCUGCUCAAGAGUAUGUUUGCUAUGCCUGUUACGCUGAUAUCGGUCGGAACUGUUCAGCUUUGGAUAUCCGGCAUCCUUGCUAUCUUGCGGGUACUGAUUUCUCAGUCCACUGAGGAUAUUGUCCUGUCGCGGGUUCAAGAACUGUCCUUGUCCCCGUAUUUGAUUUCCUGCCAGAACAUCAGUCGGUUGAGGGAUCCAGGGAAUCAAACCAUGCCAUCAGUGGAGCAGGACGAAGAGACACAGAACAAACAUCUGCCUGAGGAAACUUUUGCAAGGUUCCUGCUGCAGCUGGUGGGCAUCCUCCUGGAGGAUAUUGUGAACAAGCAGCUGAGGGUGGAUAUGAGUGAACAGCAGCAUUCCUUUUACUGCCAGCAGGUUGGCACACUGCUGAUGUGCUUAAUCCACAUCUUCAAAUCAGGAAUGUUUAGAAGGAUCACUGCUGCUGCCACGAAGUUGAUUAUGGGGAAUGGCUGUGAUGGGAGCUUCUACACACUGGAGACCUUGAACAACUUGGUUCAGACCAUCAUCCCCACUCAUCCAUCUCUUGUGUUACUUUGGUGCCAGAUUUUGCUGCUCGUUAACUACACAAACUACAGCUGGUGGUCAGAGGUGCAUCAGACACCAAAGAGACACAGCUUGUCUAGUACGAAGCUGCUGAGCCCUCAGAUAUCUGAAAAUGGAGAUUCCAAAUCUCUUUCAAAAUUGGGCAUGUGCAAUAGGGAAAUUGUUCGAAGAGGAGCUCUCAUUCUUUUCUGCGAUUAUGUGUGUCAAAAUCUCCACGAUUCAGAGCACUUGACUUGGCUGAUUGUCAAUCAUGUUCAAGAUCUCAUCAAUCUUUCUCAUGAGCCACCGGUGCAAGACUUCAUCAGUGCUAUUCAUCGUAAUUCUGCUGCCAGUGGGCUUUUCAUUCAAGCUAUCCAGUCUCGGUGUGACAAUCUUGCGACACCAACCAUGUUAAAGAAGACUUUGCAGUGCUUGGAGGGAAUCCAUCUCAGCCAGUCGGGUGCAGUCUUGAUGCUGUACAUCGACAAGCUCAUCAGUACUCCCUUCCGAGUGCUGGCACGAAUGGUGGACACGCUGGCUUGCCGUCGAGUGGAGAUGCUUUUGGCUGAAAGUUUGCAGAAUAGUGUUGCCCAAGUGCCACUUGAAGAGUUGGAAAGGAUUCAGCGUUACCUCCAGACCACCUGUCUCGCACAAAGACACCAAAGAUUAUACUCCCUACUGGACAGAUUCCGGGCAACCAUUGCAGCAGACACAGUUAGUCCGUCUCCAAACUUGACCUCUCACCCGCUGGACGGGGACAGGCUGUCUACCAUAGAAUCCAUCGUUGUGGACAAAGACUGGUAUGUGUCACUUACCAAAUUCCAAUGCUGCAAUCACUCAAACACUGCUCUGAUGGAAUGCACCGAAUUACUAGAUAAACUUCCAGAAGAUGACCUCCAUUCUGUCAUGACAACCAAGGAUUUCAACUUGAACCUUCUAGCACCUUGUUUGGCCUUGGGUUUGCAAGGAAUCUGUGCAGACCAGGCAAGUGUGCUGUUCGCAACUGCUCGGAGAGUUACCCUGGACCGAGUGACAUUCCAUGUUCAGCAUCUUCCCAGCAACCAUCAAGUGUUCCAAAGCCAGUCUCCUUUGCCCAGUUCUUCCUAUUGGAAUAAGAUUGGUGAGCUUUAUGGAGACAUGCUGUUCUAUCAUUCUGUCAUCAGCCUGUGCAGUGCAUUGGCCCAGUACCUUCUGUCUCUUCCCAAGUUGCCCCCAUCUCUUCAGAUUCCUGCUGACAAGGAGGCUGACGUUAUCAGUUUCAUGGUCUUGUCUUUAGAGGCACUGUGUUGGCACUUGCUGCACGAUCAGGUCCCUCUAAGUCUGGAUCUACAAGCUGCUCUCGAUUGUUGCUGUUUAGUGCUACAACAGCCCACCAUUUGGAACCUGCUGGCAUCUGCUGCCUACGUAACGCAAGCUUGCUCCAUUAUCAAUUGCAUACGGUUCAUCAUUGAAGCAAUGGCUGUUGAACCAGGAGAAUAUCAUCUUCUUCACGAGGAGAGGAGGAAAUCGAGCAUUGACAGGGCUCCUGUGGAAGACGAAGAGAGUGCAAAUGUGUCUGAGAAAUCCAAGUGCAUUACGAAGGCCUGCAAUGUGAUGACUGAGAUGGUGGAGUCUCUCCAGACAGUGUUAUGCUUUGGACAUGCCAGCAACAACCGAAUCCCAGCAUUUCUGAACCCACCAAUCCGGAACAUCGGUAUUAGUCUAGCCAGAUUGCCUCUAGUCAAUAGCUACACACGUGCCCCUCCAUUGGUUUGGAAAUUGGGAUGGUCACCUCAAGUUGGUGGUGAAUUUGGAACAACCCUUCCAGAAAUUCCAGUUGAGUUUCUUCAAGAGAAAGAAGUCUUCAAAGAGUUCAUCUACAGAAUAAAUAUUCUUGGUUGGACCAGCCGCACUCAGUUUGAAGAAACCUGGGCAACCCUUCUUGGUGUGCUAGUGACUCAGCCUCUAGUGAUAGACCAAGAGGAAGAGGUCCCACAAGAGGAGGAUACAGAGAGGACUCAGAUUAACAUCCUUGCAGUGCAAGCAAUAACAUCUCUGGUACUAAGUGCGAUGUCGAUUCCAGUGGCCGGGAAUCCAGCCACCAGCUGUCUGGAGCAUCAGCCUCGUAAUAAAGCUGUAAAAGCUCUGGACACUAGGUUCGGAAGAAAGCUAAGUGCCAUUCGGGGAAUAGUGGAGCGAGAAAUCCAAGCAAUGGUAUCAAAAAGAGACAACAUAGUUUCACAGUACCCUUAUCAAGCCUGGGACCCCGUUCCGCCUCUCUCCCAUUCAACAUCAGGAGUCCUGAUAAGCCAUGAGAAACUUCUGCUGCAGAUAAACACCGAACGGGAAAUGGGGAAUAUGGAUUACAAACUGGGGCAGGUCUCCAUUCAUUCAGUUUGGUUGGGGAACAAUAUCACUCCUUUGCGGGAAGAGGAAUGGGAUGAAGAUGAAGAAGAUGAGAGUGAUGUGCCUGUUGUAUCCUCACCUCCCACUUCACCAGUGAAUUCUAGGAAGCAUCGAGCUGGCGUCGAUAUUCAUUCCUGUUCCCAAUUUCUUUUGGAACUCUACAGUCAGUGGAUCCUCCCAGUUAACACUGGCAAGAAAACCCCUGUUGUUCUGGUCAGCGAGGUGGUGAGAUCGCUUCUGGCAGUCUCGGAUUUGUUUACGGAGCGGACGCAAUUUGAGAUGAUGUACAGCACUUUGACAGAGCUUCAGAAGAUCCAUCCAGCAGAAGACGAGAUUCUGAACCAGUAUCUGGUCCCUGCCAUCUGCAAAGCAGCAGCUGUUCUUGGCAUGGAUAAAGCCAUUGCAGAGCCAGUAAGCCGGUUGUUGGAAACCACAAUGCGUAGUACCCAUCUGCCAUCUCGAAUUGGAGCACUGCAUGGAAUCCUCUACAUCCUGGAAUGUGAUCUCUUAGACGAAACAGCGAAGCAACUCAUUCCAACCAUCUGUGAUUACCUGCUGUCCAACCUGCGUGGAAUAGCACAUUGUGUCAACAUCCACAAUCAACAGCAUGUUUUGGUGAUGUGUGCAACAGCGUUUUACCUGAUUGAAAACUACCUGCUUGAUGUGGGGCAUGAAUUUACCGCAGGCAUAAUACAGAUGUGCGGAGUCAUGGUCUCUGGCAGUGAGGAAUCCACCCCUUCCAUAAUCUACCACUGUGUCUUGCGUGGGAUGGAGCGACUUCUUCUCUCAGAACAGCUCUCAAGACUGGAUGGAGAGGCACUGGUAAAACUCAGCGUGGAUAGACUGAACAUGCACAGUCCACACAGGGCCAUGGCUGCCCUGGGGCUGAUGCUAACCUGCAUGUACACAGGUAAAGAGAAGAGCAGCCCUGGUCGAAGUUCAGACGCUGACCCCACAGCUCCCGAUAGCGAGUCUGUCAUUGUGGCGAUGGAGCGAGUUUCUGUUCUCUUUGAUAGAAUUCGGAGAGGUUUCCCUUGUGAGGCGCGGGUCGUGGCACGAAUUUUGCCACAAUUCCUUGAUGACUUCUUUCCACCACAAGAUGUGAUGAAUAAGGUUAUUGGGGAAUUUAUUUCCAAUCAGCAGCCCUAUCCACAGUUCAUGGCCACAGUUGUUUACAAGGUGUUUCAGACCUUGCACAAUACUGGACAGUCUUCCAUGGUGAGGGACUGGGUAAUGUUGUCACUGUCAAACUUCACGCAGAGAACUCCGAUAGCGAUGGCCAUGUGGAGCCUGUCUUGUUUCUUUGUCAGCGCAUCAACCAGCGCGUGGAUCUCAGCUCUCCUUCCCCAUAUCAUCAGCCGAAUGGGUAAAUCUGAACAGGUGGAUGUGAACCUCUUCUGCUUACUGGCUAUGGACUUCUACAGGAAGCAGAUUGACGAGGAGCUGGAUCGCCGGGCCUUCCAGUCAGUGUUCGAAAUGGUGGCAACUCCUGGCACUCCUUAUCAUCAGCUCUUGUCCUGCCUGCGAAGCAUUCACCAGGUUGCCCAGUUCUGAUUUUUCAGUGUCGGCAGACUUGGCACAUGGAAAGAACUACUUAAACACAGUGGGACAGAUUGCCAGAAUUCAUUUGCAGCAGACUCAGUAUUCUUAAGUCACGCUCCCAGCAUGUUCCUUCCAAAUGAUCUGAAUCUUUCAGCUACUUGUUGUAAUGUGGUUGUAUGUCUAAUUUAGUGCAUAUAAUCACAAAACAUUAAUCUUCUCAGGAUGUAAGAUGUGGUAAUAUAAGUAUAAUUUGUCUUUUAACCGAAGAUUUAUAUAUCAUGUAAAAUAUGUAUGAUUGUAAAACUCGUGAUGCAUGAAUUUACCCCAUAAUUUGCAAUGAACAAAACCACUAUGUUGAAUGUCUCCUACGCCUGCCUGUCCUUGGCUAUGGAUGGAGUUUGAAUGUGGUUUAAAAACAGGUGUGAAUGUGAUGUGUGAGCGAGUAUUUAUUUUGAUUUGGUGCGGGCCCAUAAUGCAUCAUUGAUUUAGGUUUCCAUCAAACAGCAUUUGAUUCCUUUAAUGAAAUACUGUCUCUAUGUACUAUAAAAAGAAAAAAUAUAUUUAUUAUUAGCUAUGAUGUUAAAGACAUAUCAUGAUCUGGUAUUCAGGUCUUAUUAGAAGAAAGAGCAAAAUGUACCAAUUCUAUCAAGGUGACAUAUUCCAUGGAAAAUGAAACAUAGCAUACUGUAUUUGGAUUUGGUAUUAUGAGGUUAAACAUUAAAGAGGUCAGAGUUUAGAAGUAUUCAGCAUCUUGGCUCAAGAAUCCUUCAUCAAAUUACUUGUUUUCCCAUCUUGGAAUUUCUUUUUUGAAUCAGAGAUUUGCAGUGCAGUUGCGCAAGUAAAUUUGCAAGAUUAGACUGAUUGUGCACCUUGACUUAAAUGAUUAUUUGACUAUAUAGUUCCAUUUUUGAUGCAUUGAAACAGAAUCAGCCAUAGAAAUGCUUCAAUAAAGCAAUAAUCUUGUUUUAUAUUUAGGAUUUGUAGUGCUAUACAAAUAGGGUACUCCCAUGUUUUGUUGAGGUGUAUGUGUGUGAAUACAUCUUUUCAUCUCUUCUUCCGCAUGCCUAGUACUGGGGCAGACACUUGAUUGGUUGCACAUGACGAUGAGAUUGAAUGAAAUUGGCAGGGCUACCAGGUUCAUUUAAGUAAAAUACAGUUAAUCUACUUGAUGUUAGGGGAGGGAUGGGAAGGGGAGGGGGAAGAAGCUUGAGUUUUCAAUGUAGUUUCCAGAUUUAACGCUGUACAAUCUUGUGCUUCUGUCAUGUUCUGGCAGUGUGGUUUAAAUAUUGGCAACAACAGUGUCUAACAACCUUAGAACUCGGCCAAUAGCAUAAGUUCUUAUCACAGAGUGGAGAGUUACUCCUGGUAUAAUAUUGUGACAACGUACUGACACUGACACACUGUCACUGUGUCCUGUGUUAGACUGGGUCUCUACUGUUUUUCUUAAUUUAUAUAUCUCUUGUAAAGGCUGAAAAGACUGUCAAUAGUAACACAGAUACGGUAAAGCUGCUUUAAAAUUCCACAGACACUCAAUAUGACAAAUGUUUAUACAAUGGCUAUGACAGACACAUGGCUAGAGCCCUUGUAUUAAGUGUUAGUCCUCAUAGUACCAUUAAAACCUGGCUAAAAUGUUGCAUUUUAAUUCUAAAAGACUUAAUUUGCACUUUGGAAAAUAAUAAAAGGACUUGCUGAAACAGAACCUCCAAUAUGUGACCUUUUGUAUUCAGCUCUGAAUUGAAGCAUAUCCUUAGUGGCUACUUUAUUAGGUACACCUAAAUGCAAAUAUUUAAUCAGACAAUUGUGUGCCAGCAACUCAGUGCAGAAAUGCAUCAAGACAUGGCCAAGAGUUUCAGUUGUUGUUCAGACCAUCAGAAUGGGGAAGAAAUGUGAUCUAAGUGACUUUGACUGUGGAAUGAUUGUUGGUGCUGUACAGAGUGGAUAUCAGAAACUGCUGAUACCAUGGGAUUUUCAUGCAUCACAGUCUCUAGUUUACAGAGAAUGGUGUGAAAAACAAAAAAAAAAUCCAGUGAGCGGCAGUUCUGUGGACAAAAAUUCCCUGUUAAUGGGAGAGAUCAGAGAAUGGCCAGACUGGUUCAAGCUAACAGGAAAGCAACAGCCACGCAUUACAACACUGGUGUGCAGAAGAGCAUCUCUGAACAUGCAACACGUCGGACCUUGAAGUGGAUGGGCUGUGACAGCAAAAGAUCACAAACAUGUAGACACUCAGUGAUCACUUUAUUAGGUUCAACUGUAACUAAUAAAGUGGCUACAGAAUGUAAACUGACAGGAGUAAAGGAAAUAAAGCAAACUAUUCAUUAUAAAUUUGCAAAACCAAAGUAACAAAUCGAUGAUAAAGCCUAAAAUAUAAUGGUAGAAUCAUACAGAUAUUUGUCAAAGGGUCACUAAACUGAAACAUUAACCUUGUUUCACUCUCCACGGGUACUGCCUGAUUUGUGAGUGUUCCUAUCUUUGUUUUUUAUUUCAGAUUUCCAGCAUCUGCAGUUUUUUUCCCCCUCCCCACCCACCCUCAACUUUUUCUCUUUCAUCAUGAAAAAGGUUACAUAACAUUUUCGAUAAGAGAUCGUUUAGGAUCUUAGGAUUUAUCCGCUUUUCAGUAAGAUUAUGGCUCAUGUUUUACCUCAGCACCACCUCCCUGCACUCACCCCUUGAUUCUCUUAACUUUUAAAAUCAGUCUUUGCCCUUGAUAUAGUCCUUGGAAGAUCUAAUUUUUUCCUAAUUCUAUCCCAUACUUUCAAUGUAUAGUUAACCCAUUCAUUCUGAGCCUCAACAUUCUUCCACACAUUUGGAUUUAAAAAGGGAAGAGCUGCUAAGGAUAACUCACCAAUUGAAUUUUUCUCUAAUGUGAACCCAUCUUGAAUCCACGUCUUCUCUAUCCAUGACACAAUUGCUCUUAAUUUGGCAGCCCAAUAAUAGGUCCUUAAAUGAGGUAAAGAAAGCUAAACCUCUCUUUUUUAUUUUUAAUCUCAACCUGGGCCUCUUCUUCUGCCAUAUAAACCUACUGAUUAGUCUAUCCAACAUUAUAAAAGUAGAUAUAAGAACUAUAAUGGGCAAAGCACUGGAAAGAGAGAAACCUGGGCAAAAUAUUCAUCCUGAUCACUUCUACUCUACCUAUCAGUGAUAAAGGAAGCAUCUCCCAAUGUUCAAGAUCUCUCCUCACUUGAUUAAUAAGUUUAACAUAAUUGGCUGCAAAGAGCUGAAAGGAACUAUGAGGUAAACUAACCCCCAAAUAUCUAAAGCCCUGUUUUGGCCAAUGAAAAGUCACUUCAUCAUCCAGCUGGUUUGGCCAGGUCCCUGUAGUCAUCAUGGCUUCAGACUUCGCUUCAUUAACUUCGUAUCCAGAGACUCUCUAUAGCUUCUCAAACAUUGCAUAAGCAGGGGAACUGAUGAAAGAGGAGUCUUUAUAAAUAGAAGAAUGUCAUCUGCAAAUAAAGCUAUCUUAUGGGUUAUACCUCCUUUCUUUUAUACCUUCAGUUUGUUCAUUUUGUCUUAUUAAUUCAGCCAGUGGUUCGAUGCUUAAGGCAAAUAGUAUCAGAGAUAGGGGACUCUCCUAUUUGGUUCCCCUUUUAAGCCUGAAGAAAUUGGAACAGUAUCCAUUUACUCUAACCCUGGAAAUUGGAUCUUUAUUCAGUGUCUCCAUCCAACUUUGAAAUGUUGUAUUAAAACCCAUUUUUUCUAAGAUACAGUCUUAAGUAUAUCCAAUCCACCCUAUCAAAUGCCUUCUUGGCAUCUCAGCUAAGAAGCAUUGAAGGAUGGUUGGAUCUCUGUGCUAAAGACUGGAUAUUUAAAGCUCUUCUAACAUUAUUUGCUCCCUGGUGGCCUGGAAUAAAUCCAGUUUGAUCUGGAUUAAUCAAUUUUCCUAUAUAUUUCUGUAGAAUCU